CUCUUCCCAACCCCUCCCUGCCCUAUUUCCCAUGAGCCAGUGCGGCCGCUUCCCAUCAUGCUCCUGGGAGGGCCGCCAUGGAGUUCAGCGCAGAGACGCUCCGCCAGCAGCUCGGCAAGUAUAAAUUCCGAGAUCUCACCAUCGAGGAACUGAAGGACCUGAACAGAACCUUCCCCUCCUUCAUCUUCUCAAUGGAGACCUAUACAUUUAGAGACGGAUCCCAGAAGGACCUGCUCAACCUCACAGGGACUGUUCCCAUGAAACACCAGGGCACAACGUAUAACAUUCCCAUCUGCCUGUGGAUUCUGGACUCCCACCCAUUUGCCCCCCCACUCUGCUUUUUGAAACCGUCCGGUAACAUGGGGAUCCGGGUUGGGCGACACAUCGAUGCGCAGGGAAGGAUUUAUCUGCCGUAUUUACAGAACUGGAGCCAUCCCAAGUCCACGGUCACUGGCCUCAUACGGGAAAUGGCGGUGAAGUUUGAGGAGGAGCUGCCAUUGUACUCACUGUCGGCUGAGGAUGGCGCCAGGCAGAGGGAGUUACUGUCCUACAUUGCCCAGGUUACGGAUGGGGUUUCCAGUAUGGAUGUAAAGGCGCCAAGUCGUGCCAAGGUCACUGUGAUUGGCGGAGGAGAUAUGGCACUGGCCUGCUUAUUGGCUGUAUCUGCGAAGGGCACCGCAGGGAAACUGCUUCUUCUCGACCCGACAGAUGGUGAAGCCGCAGGAGGAGCAGCUGCCGACCUUGAAAUCUUCAGCCUCCCAAAUGUACAAGUCACCAAAGAUUUCUCUGCGAUCGCCGGCUCUGCCAUAGUGAUUGUCACGGUCAAUUCCUGGAGCAACUCCCAGUCCUACGUUGGCGUCCUACAGAGCAACGUGGAGCUGCUGCGUGGCAUUCUACCCUCCGUGGCACAUCACUGCCCCAAGUGCCUUCUACUGGUGGCCUCACAGCCAGUUGAGAUCAUGACUUACGCCACAUGGAAGCUGAGUGGGUUCCCUCACAAUCGAGUUCUUGGCAUCGGCUGUAACUUGGAUUCGGGGCGGUUCCGCCAUGUGAUUGAGAAGUUGGCGGAUUCUGAGGAGGGGGCACAGGGAGCCUGGAUUAUUGGGGAGCAGAGUGACAACAAAGUGGCUGUUUGGGGGGCUCCAGACUCAUCUGCCAACCGUCAGACUCCCUGCAAAUUGUACCCCAAAAUCUUCCAGGAGCAGCUGACAAGCAGAGCUUUGGAGAUCCUUAAAGGGAAGGGGCAGCGCUCAUGGUCUGUCGGCCUCUCUGUGGCUGAUAUCACCGACACCCUCGUACAGAAUAAAGGCAAAGUACAUUCUGUCUCUGCACUUUGUAAGGGACAAUUCGGGGUGCAGGAGGAGGUGUUUCUCAGCAUCCCGUGCGUAUUGGGGAGCGCGGGGGUGACGGGGGCGGUACAGACGCUGCAGGACGAGGCUCAGAUUUGGGAAACGUUACAGAGAAGUGCGGCAGCCAUAGAAUCUGUGCAGCAACAGCUGAGACUGUGAGGGGGCGGGACCCUGCGAUGGCCAAUCCCGUUGAAUGCUGGGAACUCAUUUUGGGAAGGUUCCAGACUGGAGGUGGAGCUUCUCCCUUUAUUCGCCAAUCAGAUUUGUUGUCUUUAUUUUUAUACCAAGAAUGUACAUUUUUUUCUACAGACUCUUCUGUGUUGGGGGAAUCGUGGUGCUGCUUUAUACAGCCAAUCAUACAGCUGCUCUCUCUCCUUGACUGGGCACAUGGUUUGUCUGCCCAUUGUUUAAUAAAUAGCUGCUGGUGCAUUCUGGGAUAAGGGCACUGGUUAUUAUGGGAUGUUCCCCCCCUAACCAUAGUGGCAACUAUCUGGCUAUUGGGGGUUGCUGGGAGUUUUAGUUUAACAUUAUCUGAGGGAUCUCCAUUUGCUUAUUUCUGGCCUAUAAAUAAAGGGCAAGUUCACCCCUGUGUGGGAGGUACUGGCACAGGCAGCGGGGUAACUAUACAAACCCUGGGAAUGGCGCCCUCUGUGGGGUAUAAGGGCCACUGUGCCCUGGCAUUCUGGGAGCUGCUAUACACUCACGGUAACAUAGUGUGUAUAUAUAUAGUGAUCCUACCCCCAUUAACUGCCCCUUCCCUAGUGACGAGGUUCCCCCAACCCAUAGGUACCAUAGCAGCUGAGAGUGAGUGUGAGUGAGUGUGAGCGAGUCUGAGUGAGUGUGGCUAGCACUGCACUCAGCUCUCUCAGUAGCCGGGGGUGCAUCCCAUCUGGCCCUGGGGCCUUGUUCACAAGGGGUAGUUCACAAGGGGUAGUUCACAAGGGGUAGUUCACAAGGGGUAGUAUGUUACAGAAUGCCCCAUUUCCAGCACCAUUGCAAUUGGUUUCAUUGAUUUAUUUUUUAUAGUUUUUGAAAUAUUUCUCCGCCUCCUUUCAAAA